CCGGCUGACUUUUUUUGUAAAUUUGGAACACUUUGCUAAAGAAGGUCAGGGCAUUAGCAGUCAUAUGGGCUUUAUCCACGGUCGAUGUGGUUUUACCCUUUGGCUAUUUUGUUUUGGUUUUUGAGCCAGACGCAAUUUUCCUGAAUAUUCUCUGGGGACCAGGAACCCCCAGACUAUAAAAAGGGCGACCGCUAGCAGUUUAUCCCCUUCGCAUCAGCAUUAAACAAAGGAAGCCCUCUUCAAAGAAUUUCUCGCCCAUUUUUGUAAUUUCCUCUGUCAAGCACCCGCACCCAUGUCAUCCACGACUACGUCCACCGAAGCAACCACGCUCAGAUUGACCAGCCCGCUUCCCACACCCAAAGAUCUCGAGGCACUCAUCCAAACUCUCCACAGAGAAAUAACUAGCUCAGACUUUUCCCUCCCCGCCAUCACCCGCCUUCUCCAGUCCUACACACCCUCUCAAGAUGACUAUGCGCCAUACGCACACUUUGAUACCUCAAAACCAUACACACGCAAUCUCGUCGACGACGGCAACGGCCACUUCAAUCUCAUGAUACUCUGCUGGACUCAAGGCAAGGCGUCGCCUAUUCACGAUCAUGCUGGUGCGCAUUGCUUGAUGAAGAUUCUGGAUGGCGAGCUGUGUGAGACGCAGUAUGAAUGGCCAAAAGAGGAUGAAGCAUGUGGGAACAGUCCCAUGAGAGUCAAGAAGCAGACCGUCCAUGGAGCUAAUCAGGUGGCUUACAUUCAUGAUCAGAUUGGCCUGCACCGGAUCUCGAACCCUUCAUCCACUCGACCCGCCAUAUCGUUGCACCUCUACACUCCGCCGUUUGACUAUUGUAAGACAUUCUGUGAAAGUACCGGGCAGGCUCGUACCUCAGGUCGGUGUGUGUUCUAUCGCGACUUUACAAAGAAGAACAAGCAGGAAGCACAGCAAUUCCCGUUGCCUAAUCCACGAGCAGUUCCCAAUGUGGAUGUAGCCGGAGCUGCUGCGACUGCCGCCUGUGGAGGCCAGAUGGAUAUGUCACUGAGAAGCCAAAGGCCAAUGUUUGUUCCAUCAAAAUGAGCUUGGGCAUCGCUUUGGGCUGUUUGUUACAACUUGAAAUUCUCAAUAAUACCACUGCCUAUACACACCAUUGAAGCGCUAGGCUAAAACUGGGCACUUGAAUAUACUCUCUAUCUGUUCUUCCCCAAGGA